AUGCGACUGCUACAUACCGAGAAACUAAUAUUAGAAACGCCCACAGUUGUGCGACCUUACGCCAUCUUAUCUCACCGAUGGUUCGCCGACUGUGAAGAAAUAUCUUUCCAAGACUUGCAACGCACGCAAGUUCCUCCUAGCGAAGGCCCUCACGGCAAUUAUGCGGAACCCACCUUCCCUCCCAACGUUCAAAGCAAACAAGGCUAUGAGAAGUUCCGAGGAGCGCGCGAUCAUGCAUCUCGAGCUGGUCUUGAGCAUAUCUGGAUCGACACUUGCUGCAUUGAUAAGACCAGCAGUGCCGAGUUAUCAGAAGCGAUCAAUUCCAUGUACGCAUGGUAUCAAGACUCCGCUGUGUGCUACGUUUACUUGCACGAUGUCGAUGACGAUGGGGACCUUCAAUCUGCUCUCGAAAAGGCUGAUUGGUUCCAAAGAGGAUGGACUUUACAAGAGCUAAUCGCUCCAGAUAAUGUCUAUUUCUUUAACAAGCACUGGAUUAAGAUCGGGAGCAAGGCAACAUUUGCGCGUAUCCUGAAUAAAAUCACCCACAUUCGUCAAGAUAUUCUGCUGGGUAACCCAUGCAAUCCCAGUAUCGCGGAGAAGAUGUCAUGGGCUGCAGGACGAAAGACACAGAAAGUAGAAGACAGAGCUUAUUCUUUGAUGGGGCUAUUUGGCAUCCACAUGCCUAUCAUUUACGGAGAAGGAGAGAAGGCUUUCAGGCGCCUGCAGCUCGAGAUCAUGAAAUCAUCGGAUGAUCAAACCAUUUUCGCCUGGCACGAUUCACUGGCACAUCCUAAUUCUGUCAGAAAUCGCGGACUGUUGGCAUCUGCACCUGACGUUUUCUCGUGGGCUUCUCCGGUCCUCGUCAUCGAGCAUUCCCAUUUUAUCAGCCAUCUUCUUCGCAUUGCAGGGAGUCGUAGCCCCUUUCGUGACCUGCCGCGUGGCUAUUCCAUUUUGAAUGACGGCAUUCACAUCACUCUUCCUAUGAAGCGAGUUGGAGAUGCGUGGCUUGCUGUCCUAAGAUGCCACAGGGAAGACCAGGAGUUUCCCUACGGGAUCUACUUGAAAGAAAGACCUGGUUGCGAUGAUUUUCUUCGGACUUCGCCCACAAAACUUCAAAAACUCGAGUCCGCAGAUCUCGAAGGCCUUGCCCCGCGUACAAUACGUAUUGUGGUCGACCAUAAUACACUACCAACCAUUAAUCGCCGACAAUUCUUCACUUUUCAGUCUACAGAUUCCGUUUGGGAGCACGGCGGUUACUAUGUAUGCCCUAAGCCGGGAGGCCGCCAUGAUGUGGGUCAGGGGAGUGGCUACCGAGUUCUUGAUCCCUACACUCGGAUCGAGCUUUCAGAUAACAUGCAAUGUGGCUGCGUUUACUCGCAGGGCCCACGUGGCGAAGUAACGGUCCUUCUCAUUGGGAUCGAAUAUCACCGUCCUUGGGUACACCUCCUCACAAAUGCUGACCUACACAAAUAUGUCGACACUUCGCGACUUUUCCGUCGAGCUGUCAAUGACGCCUCUCUUCUGAUGUCUUCCCCUACUUCCACCCUAUCUAGCAACCAAACCGAUCCAAUUUCUCCUCUUGCGCUAUCUUCCCUCACUUUCCCCCAAUCUAAUCCUAUUUCUCCUCGUUCACUAUCUUCUCGUUCACUGUCUCUCUCCCAUACUUCCGGGGGGACCAACAACCACAGAUUCCCACAGAGGAAUUCCACCGCCCCUUAUGUUCAGCUGGGCGGAGGUGGAACUGGGUGUCCUGUGUGUUCUAUCAUUCAAAACUACUCCGUCAACAUGAACGACAUCAAGAAUAGUAGGGCUGAUUUCUUGAUUGAGACGAUGCCAGACAAGCAGAUUGAGGUCGACAUCCGAAAGGGACAUGUUCGCGUCUCUGAGGCGACGCUUGAAGUGGACUAUAUCAUAACGGUAGCUGUAUCUAUUCCCGAGUCAGAAUUUUGA